AAAAGGUUUCUCUGUUCCUUUUUGUGUCCACACCUUCAUUUAUGCAGAUCUGUAGAGAUUUCUCAAACAGAAAUCAAUGAAGAUGUUUCUCUUUUCCUCCAUUUUUCUCUUUUUUGGUGUCUUCAUUCCACCAGUGGAUUCUAGGAUUCCUUUAAAGCUUCUUGGCAGCACUCCCGCAGGAUUGACAACAAUAUGUAGACCAAAUCUUCCAGCGUUAUUCGUAAAGACAUCAGAAUCUGCUCCAACACCUAAAGAAAGGAAAUUAGGGGGAGGAAUUUUCAACACAGUCACAGUGCCAUGGCCCCUGACAAAAAUUGACUGGUGGAAAGCUUGUUUAUAUAUUGGGGGCCGAUGCAGACACAGAUGUGGUCAUAAAGAAUUUGGAUUUUCAUUCUGUGAACACCCUGGAGUUCCUUGCUGUUUAAGAGAAUGUUAGCCAAGCAAAAUAUUAUUCAACACCUAGAUGGAAAAAGCAGACAUAUUGUAGUUAAGCCUUCCCAUAAUCAUAUUACUUCAUUCAUGGCCUGAUAUUUCUGCACAUGAAUGUGCAUAAUGAAUAAAAAACUACACAAUAUUUUCCAGCCUGAAUCAUUCAUGAACAUUGCACCAGC